CCAGACCUGCCUGGUCCCAUCACCAUAAGACUCAGAUGUAGGUGCCCAGGGAGGCGGGUCGGCCACAGCUCACCCCUCCCGCCCCCAGGUUCCCACUCCCUGAGGUACCUCUACACUGCGAUGUCCCGGCCGGGCCUCGGGGAGCCCCGCUUCAUCGCCGUGGGCUACGUGGACAACACGCAGUUCGUGCGGUUCGACAGUGACACGAGUCAACAGGAGGAACCGCGGGCGCUCUGGGCGGAGCAGUUGGGGCCGGAGUAAGGGGAGAACACCGCGACCUACAGAGCCACCGCACAGGCUUUCCGAGCGGGUCUGGACAACCUGCGCGGCUACUACAACCAGAGCGAGGCAGGUGAGCUCACUCCAGCCAGGUCCAGCUCUCUGGUCCCCAAGGGUGCUGCGAGUUUCCGGUCUCAGCCGAGCCCAGGGUCCCCCGACAGGCCCCAGCAGUAGAAAGCCCCGCAGGGA